GUUAUUGUUCAAAGAAAACACAAGUGCAGCCGUGCCGAUGCAGCCACCUGCUCCUGAGUGCAGUCACAGACAGUUAACCUCAAAACAUCUGAAAGUCGCGGAAAAGUCAGCCAAGCUCACAUAUAGGUUACUGCCUAACCGACUGACUGACUUUCUGCAAACACACAACUACUUCAGAUCCAUUCCUCCAACGGAGACCAAACGCAGACCACUCGCGUAGCCUAUAUAUUCUAACCAGUCAAGUUCUCUGCGCAGCAUGUCGUUGCAGCUGGUGACUGCGGUGAACUGCGCAGGUCUGCUGCAGCCUGGCUGCUCCCUGCUGCAGCUGGACGGGUCCGUGUUCCUGUUCGGGCAGAAGGGCUGGCCCAAGCGGUCCUGCCCGACGGGUGUAUUCGGCGUGCGGCUGAAGAAGGGCCAGCUCAAGCUGCGGGCCAUCUCCUUCUCCAACGACUCCUGCUACCUGCCCCCGCUGCGCUGCCCCGCCGUCGCCCGCCUCGAGCCCCAGGGCGGCGACCCCGAGCGCUACCUCAUCCACGGGGGCCGCACCCCCAACAACGAGCUGUCCUCCAGCCUGUACGAGCUGAGCCUGGACGGGCGCGGGUGCAACCGCAAGGUGACGCUGCGCUGCCAGGAGAGGGAGCUGUCCGGGGAGGCGCCGGGCCCGCGGUACGGGCACACCGCCAGCGUGGUGCGCAGCCGCGGCAAGACGGCCUGCCUGCUCUUCGGCGGGCGCUCCUACAGGCCGCCGGGCGAGCGGACCACCGAGACCUGGAACAGCGUGGUGGACUGCCCGCCGCUGGUCUACCUGGUCGACCUGACCUUCGGCUGCUGCUCCGCCCACCACCUGCCCGAGCUCGCCGACGGGCAGGCCUUCCACCUGGCGCUGUCCCGUGAGGACUGCGUCUACAUCCUGGGGGGCCACACCAUGGACUCCGACUCCCGCCCCCCACGGCUGUUCCGGCUGAAGGUGGAGCUCCUCCUGGGCAGCCCCCUGCUCACCUGCGAGGCCCUGGACUCCGGCCUGUGCCUGACCAGCUCCAUCGCCACCCUCGUCAGCGGCGGCGGCGGCGGCAGUGGCUCCGCCCACGAGUACAUCGUCCUGGGCGGGUACCGGUCCGAGUCGGAGAAGCGGCUGGAGUGCAGCCGGGUGGUUCUGGACGACAGCGGGAUCCGCAUCGAGCCGCAGGAGCCGCCGCCCUGGACCGGGGAGAUCAGCCACAGCCGCACCUGGUUCGGGGGGAGCCUGGGGCCGGGCCGGGCGCUCAUCGGGGUCCCCGCUCCCCCGGACGCCCACUGCUUCUACCAGGUGAGCUUCCAGCAGGACGGGGAGGGGGACGGGGAGGACCCCACGCAGGGCUGCAGCCAGGAGUCGACGGACUUCGAGGACUCGGCGCCGCUGGAGGACUCGGAGGAGCUGUACUUCGGCCGCGAGCCGCACGAGCUGGAGGACAGCAGCGACGGCGAGGGCGACACCUACAACGAGGAAGACGAGGAGGACGAGUCCCAGACGGGGUACUGGGUCAAGUGCUGCCCGGGCUGCCUGGUGGACCCCAACACCUGGGAGCCCUACUACUCCACCGAGCUGUUGCGGCCCGCCAUGAUCUUCUGCUCCAGGGGCGAGGAGGACGGGCACUGGGUGCACGCGCAGUGCAUGGACCUGCCCGAGGUGCUGCUCGUGCGCUUCUCCCAGAACAGCAGCAAGUACUUCUGCCCCGACCACGGGGGCCUGCCCUGGCAGGAGGCACAGACCCCGCCCCGCUCUGCCCCGCCCCUCAAACGCACCCCCAUGAAGAAGCAGCAGAAGAGAGCCCCCGUCAAGCUCAACAUGACUCCGGCCAAAAAGUCCUUCCUCAGGAAGCUGUUCGACUGAUGCUGGCCUGUAGAUCAGCCACAUGUUGUGCUAUUCUCCCAUUUGAUCAUAUGUAUGAUCUUUUGUGGUGCCGGGGUUGGGGGGGGUGGGGGGGGGGGGGGUUGGGGCCAGGUUCCAGUGCAUAUUGAACCUAAGAGUAUUAUAGCAUAUGGGGGUAUUGGUAUUGUGAGUUAUUAUUAAAAUUGUGAUUUGUGUUUGUGUUUAAAAUUAGAAUGUCAAAGUGUCAUUUAGUUUUUAAAUUUUGCUUCUGUCUUGGCAUGCUCAGUUCCUGACCAGUUUAUUAAAGAGUUCUGUUUUUAUUUCAUUUUUUAUUUUAUAUGGAACAGUUUUUGUUGGAAGAAAAACCUUGUGAUG